AGUUGAGGAGUUGAGUUCCGCUCCGCCACACCAAAAAGAAACAAAAGCCUACGGCGAUCGAUCGAGAAGCUGGUCAUCGUCAGGAUGUCAUCGCCGCAGUCAGCAGCGCCGCCCGUGAAGCUGAUCACGGCGUUCGGCAGCCCGUUCGCCCACCGCGUGGAGGUGGCGCUCGCUCUCAAGGGGGUGCCGUACGAGCUGGUCGUGGAGGACCUAGCCAACAAGAGCGAGCUGCUGCUCACGCACAACCCAGUCCACCAGUCGGUCCCUGUCCUCCUCCACGGUGACCGCGCUGUCUGCGAGUCCCUCGUCAUCGUCGAGUACGUCGACGAGACCUUCCACCAUGGCGCGGCGCCGGGGAUCCUCCCGGCCGACCCCUACGACCGCGCCACCGCCCGCUUCUGGGCUGACUUCAUCGACAACAAGUGCUUGAAGCCGAUGUGGCUGUCGAUGUGGACGGACGGCGAGGCGCAGGCGCGGUUCGUCAGGGAGACGAAGGAGAGCCUGGGGGUGCUGGACGCGCAACUCCAGGGGAAGAGGUUCUUCGCCGGCGACGCGCUCGGCUUCGUCGACCUCGCCGCCUGCACGCUGGCUCACUGGCUAGGCGUGCUGGAGGAAGUGGCCGGAGUGCACCUGAUAGCGGCGGACGGCGAGUACCCCGCUCUGCGCCGCUGGGCCAAGGAGUACGUCUCCGAUGAGGUCGUGAGCCGGUCGCUGCCGGACAGGGACGAGCUCGUCGCCUUCUUCACCGCCAGCAAGGAGAGGUACAAGUCGUGGGUCAGGGCAGAGGUGGAGCGACAUUGAUCGCUAAAAAUGACGCUGGUUGUUGAACUCUGUACGUUCUCUUGUAGUCGAAUAAUGUGUGGAUCGUUAUGUACGUAUUUCAUCGUGUUAUAUACAUCUAAUAAGACAUGCAAGCUCAGCUGCUCAUGUUGAUCC